AUCAAAUAGAUCCAAUUUCCUCGAGUAAAAACGAUUGGUUUUCCUUCACCAAUGGCCGCCGCUGCUCCUCCGCCUACUCCGACCCCAACGCCAACGCCGCCCAACACAGUUCCGGCGGGUUCUACUCCAAUCGGUCACCCUCUGUUCUCACGAGUCCGUCUUGCUACCCCUCCCGACGUCCCUCACAUUCACAAACUCAUCCACCAAAUGGCCGUCUUCGAACGCUUAACCCAUCUCUUCUCCGCCACCGAAUCUGCUCUCUCCGCCAAUCUCUUCUCCGAUCCGCCGUUCCGAUCGUUCACCAUUUUCAUCCUCGAAGUUUCCCCUAGACCCUUCCCCGAAAACUCCCCUCAUAACGCUAACCCUAACUACACCCCCGUCGUUCACAUCAUCAAUUCCGAUCUCCCUGUGGAAGAUCCCGAACGGGAGAUUUUCAAAUCGGAAGAUGAAAACAUCGCGGUUGCUGGAUUUGUUCUAUUUUUCCCCAAUUUCUCAUCCUUCUUGGCGAAGCCAGGUUUCUAUAUAGAAGAUCUCUUCGUGAGAGAGUGCUACCGGAGGAAGGGUUUGGGGAAAAUAUUGCUGUCGGCGGUGGCGAAACAGGCGGUGAAAAUGGAUUACGGGAGAGUGGAGUGGGUGGUGCUUGAUUGGAACACAAACGCAAUCCAAUUUUACGAGGAAAUGGGUGCGCAAAUCUUGCCGGAGUGGAGAAUCUGUCGACUCACCGGAGAUGCGCUUCAGGUUUAUGGAAAUACUAACUGAAACUAAUGGAGUUUUCACUAUUUCUUUACGCGUUCGUUUUGUAGCUUUUUCAUUUCACUUGAAGAAUCUGGAGAGAAUUGCUUAUGCAAUUCUCAUUAGGGUGUCGUCUUAUCAGUGUAUGGUUUUUAAGUGAAUGUUAAUCUCUGAAGUUUUUGAUCAUGAUCUGCAGUGUUCUUCUUCAUUUUCUGCCA